AUGUCUAGAAAAAGACAGAGAGAGCCGCGCACUGUUGACGUAGAGCUAAUUGAGAUCUUCGAAGAUCUUGCCAACGAGAGCGAAAACAUCAGGCUGAAAGCAGCUCAGUCAUUGCUCUUGAAGCUCUCACCAGAGAAAGAACCAAAUCGCGAAAGCGUAGAAAAUGUGUUAAACCGCCUGUUCCGUGGCUUAGCUAGUGGCCGAAAAGCUGCUCGCAUCGGCUUCUCAAUUGCACUCACAGAAGUUCUCUCGGAGCUUUUCGUGGCUGAUCGUAAAUUGGGACAAAAUUUGGGCAUCGAUUUUGACCGUGUGAUUGAGCUCCUCAAAACACGCACCGAGAUUGGAGGCAAUGUGUCUGGUCAGGAGGAGCGGGACCAUUACUUGGGACGACUCUUCGGAGCUGAAGCGUUAAUUAAAUCCGCUGCCCUCUUCCCUCCAACGUCUUCGAUUGAACAAUGGUCUCAGAUUGUGGAUAUGAUACUUGGUUUGGCCCAAAAAAAGUCAUGGCUACGUGAAGAAUGUGGGUGGAUUCUCAAUGGCGCCGUGUAUGUGUUGGCGGCAAAGCAAGUUGAUAAGAGCUAUGCGGAAAAGCUCGUCCAAAAAUUAUGUGAGAGUAAUAUGGCAAAGACAUCCGAAGGCGUGGCUAUUUGGAUAUCUGUACAGUCGUUGUUUCCGACGGCGAAACUGGUGCAGGGGAUUUGGCGCGACGAUGACCCUUUGCACUCGAAAGAGAAAUCAACUUUAGCAAAAGUGCUCAGGGAGACUGUCACACAAGAGGACAAGAACAACAACCAACAGAAUCUUCAAAAGGGUAUGUGGACAUCUCGUGUGCCCUUUGCCUGGAACGUCGUUAUCUCCAAACUGCUUGCAGCCCCGCUGGAGGAAUCUGGGAAGAAACGGCUCAGUUUUGGGGCUUUCUGGAGCGAAGUCGUCGAUGAUGGACUUUUUGCUGCGUCUUCUUCGGAGGAACGGAAGUUCUGGGGCUUCAAUAUUUUCUCCACGGUCCUCCACACUGCGUCGGAUGAGCUUAUCCCGACAAUUUUUAGCAAGAAUCUUUUGAGGUGCCUCAUCAACCAGCUUGCUAGCUCAGCGAGGUACCUCCAUGGAGCAGCUCAAAAAGCUGUAAAAGCAAUCCUUGCGCGGGUCGAGGCCGACCCCGACCUAGCCUUCCCUAUCAUUGUGCAGCUCCUCUCGGAGCGAGGAUCUCUCAAUUUCGACCAAGUUACGAAAACAAAAACAACUGAAAAACUGCUGUCCUUGGCCAGCAACACUGGUUUGAAGCAGAUCAUACCAUUUUAUCGCAGCCUUGCUCUGCGCCCAAUUCCUGCGGAUGCAAAGGCUGCAGAGGCCCGUCGACAAUUUUUAGCGGACCAGCUGCUUUCUACCAUCCGCACGAAAAAGGCUACCGCCCAAGCUCCUGCAGCAGUGGAGAGCGAGGACUGGGUCAAUCAAAUUCUAAAGUUCUUCGUCGAGCUGGGAUACUUUGCUCCUAUCGAGGCAGCGUCCAAAGCAGAUGACGCCCCGAACCCACCUCUGUCGUCUGUAUCUCAAAGUAUGUUCCGUUCACGGAUAUCUUCUAUAUUGGGUCACCUCAUAUCUACACGGCCGGGGCUUCCCUAUUUUGUCGUGCAGGUUCUUCAGUCCCAGAAAGUGCUUGCCGGAGGGAAGCUCCUCUUCGACGCCGAUGAAGACGUCGACAAAACCCUGCAGCGUGCUUGGAAAACGGUUGAAAGAAUACAUUCGAAGGCUUCAUCAUCGAAGGAAAACAAAAAAGCCCAUCUCGGAGCACUUGAACUCUUGUAUUCGCUAACCAUCCUCCAAGUAUAUAAUGGCGAGGCGGACGCUGUCUCCCUCUUAGAUGAAUUGCGCAUAUGCUACGAGAGCCUUGUCAAGCGAAAGUCGAAUGAUGAAGAUAUCGACGCAUCCCUGGUUUUGGUUGAGGUACUUCUCAGCUUCGUGUCAAAGCCAUCACUCUUAUUUCGGAAACUGGCACAUCAGGUCUUCUCAAGCUUUGCCUCGCAAAUUAGCGCAGAAAGUUUGGAGUCUAUGACCAAGAUUUUGGAGACCAAAGAGAGCCUGUCUGGGCAGCAGGAGAUGUUCGAUGAGAAUGUAGACGAAGAAGGUGAUGAGGACGAAGAAUCUGAUAAAUCUUCGGAGGGCAGUGCCGAGGAUGACGAUGUAGAGGAAGUUGACGGAUCUGAUGUUUCAAUGGAGGACGCAGAAGACGACGAUGACGAUGAAGAGGAGGAGGAUGAGGACGAGGAACAAGAUGAUAAUGAGGCGGAUGCUGAUGAGCUGGCUCAGUUCGACGCUAAGCUGGCCGAGGCUCUUGGAACGCGGCCAAUCAAUCUGGAAGAUGCGGGAAAUGACGAGUCAUCCGACGAAGAUAUGGAUGACGAUCAGAUGAUGGCGCUGGAGCCGCAUCUCGCCAAAGUCUUUCAGGAGAGAAGAAAAGCCAGCCAGCACAACAAAAAGAAGGAGAAGAAAGAUGCAAAGGAAAACAUUAUCAAUUUUAAGAAUCGCGUCUUGGAGCUUAUGGAGAUUUUCGUCAAGCAGCAGCACACUAACCCGCUCGCUUUUGACCUCAUCCUGCCUUUGCUUACGCUCAUUCGUACUACCACGAGCAAGGUGGUCUCCGACAAAGCCUGCGGCGUGGUUCGCGAAUACGCCAAGGCGUGCAAAGGCAAAGACGUUCCUGCGCCAUCUGAUGUCCCCGCCGCCUGGAAGCUGCUGGAACAGGUCCAUGCGGAAGCAAUGAAAGAGGCCUCCCAUGCCCACAACACUUCCUGUAGCCAGCUAAGCAUCUUGCUCGUGAAGGCACUGGUGGCAGAUGAUAGGGAAAACCUCAAGCGUGCUCUCCUUAUUUACGCAGAGACACAGACACGCUGGGUACUUGAGCAGAAAUGCCGCGUUCAACCGUCAUUUUUCACCGAUUGGCAAAAUUGGUGCACGUCUGCAAAGAAGCAGCUGCAGAAGUAG